AUUGCUGGUGCCACGCUUCAACAGCCCCCUUCAUCAUAGACUUUUCCUGAUUACCAAUAUGAUGAUCAUCUGUACAAAGAUCACGUCACUCAACACAAACACUUAUUCACGUCUUUCAGCUGACACAAACCAGAUCACAGGCAACGCCAUGAUGUAAAAGACUAUUGCGCGUGGUCUCCCGCGCCGGUAGCAUCAGCAUCGUGGUGAUACAGCCGUUGAGGUUGCCCAGCGACCAAGGAACUCUGCCAGAUCCGGCGAAGCACCGCUAUCUAUCAUGGAAGAAGGUCCGUUGCGCAGAAUCGUGUGUAGAGUGUGAUCAAAAGCAACGGUCGUUUGUGUGAGAUCAGGCGAUUGGGAAGGGUGACUACAUAAACCCAGGACCAAACCGCUGGGUCGAUGUUGAGAUUUGCAUGAUCAUAUUCACACGAGACCAUUCACCGGAAAAAGACCUUUUACAAACAGUCCUUGAGAUACUGCUCGAACCAUGUUGUCUCUUGAAGGACUUGGCGUACUGAUCUUUCUGGGCGUCGCAGAAGGUGUCCCGCGACUAGAUGAAAGUCAUCAAGAAGCACUUCUCAAGCACCAUGCCAAUAUACCAAGGGAUAACGCCAAUGAUGGUGUACCUACCGACAUGCUUGGGGCGAUGAGUCCUCAGACAGACUACAGAACAAUGCCAGCUGGCACUUACACAGAGACAAUCUCAACAGGCCUAGUCAGGAUAAUCGUCGUCAACGAACCAACACCUACGACAGCCAACCAAGGAAAUUGUCCAGUCGAGUGUGAUUGCACAAGGAUAAAAGAUAAGAACAGCGAUGAAUACGCCCAAUGCUUGACCAACGCAGCAUGCAGACCAUGCAGAGAACCAAGUCUCACAGCUUCAUCAACGAUGAAGCCAAAGGCAACAUGUUCCGCAGAAUGCGACUGCACCAAGAUCAAAGAUGAGCAAAGCCAAGAGUACUUCCAAUGCAUAACGAAUGUCAACUGUCAGAGUUGCAGAGUGGGAACCCCACCCAAUUGAACAAACACGUGAAAAGGAAGCAAGCGUUAUCAUUGCAUGUGGUGGUAUUUGGUAGCUGACAAGACUUUCA